AUGUCUUCUUUCGCUCCUCGUGGACGUGGUGGAUUUGGUGGUGACCGCGGUGGUGGCCGUGGUGGUCGAGGUGGCUUCGGCGACCGUGGUGGCCGUGGAGGUGGCCGUGGUGGAUUUGGCGGUCGUGGAGGUGGCCGUGGUGGAUUCGGUGACCGUGGUGGCCGUGGUGGUGGCCGUGGUGCUCCCCGUGGCGGCCGUGGUGCUCCCCGUGGUGGCCGUGGUGCUCCUCGCGGCGGCGGCGGUGCUCGUGGUGGUGCCAAGGUUGUCAUUGAGCCUCACCGUCACGCCGGUAUCUUCGUCGCUCGCGGCGGUAAGGAGGACAUGCUUGUGACGAAAAACCUUACUCCCGGAACUGCUGUCUACGGCGAGAAGCGCAUCUCCGUCGAGGGUGCCCCUGCUGAGGAUGGUGCCGUCACCAAGAACGAGUACCGUGUCUGGAACCCCUUCCGUUCUAAGUUGGCUGCUGGUGUGUUGGGUGGUCUUGAUGACAUCUACAUGAAGCCCGGCUCCAAGGUUCUCUACAUCGGUGCUGCCUCCGGUACCUCCGUUUCUCACGUCGCUGAUAUUGUCGGACCCACUGGUAACGUCUACGCCGUCGAGUUCUCUCACCGCUCCGGCCGUGAUCUGAUCGGAAUGGCCACUCACCGUACCAACGUCAUCCCCAUCGUUGAGGAUGCCCGUCACCCUCUCCGUUACCGUAUGCUCGUGCCCAUGGUCGAUGUCAUCUUUGCCGAUGUUGCCCAGCCCGAUCAGGCCCGUAUUGUCGGAUUGAACGCCCACAUGUUCCUCAAGGCUGAGGGUGGUGUCAUUGUCUCCAUCAAGGCCAACUGCAUUGACAGCACAGCCAAGCCCGAGGUUGUGUUCGCCAAGGAGGUCCAGAAGAUGCGCGAGGAGAAGAUUAAGCCCAAGGAGCAGCUGACUCUCGAGCCUUUCGAGCGUGACCACUGCAUCGUCGCUGGUAUCUACAAGCGUACCGCCGCAUAAAGGUCUUAAUCUCUGGUCAUGUCCAUUCCCUUUUGAUGUUCCCUCGGCGUCUCGUGUUCUGUGAUGUAUCGAAUGUUUUCCACCUUUCUUGUGACAGGUCUUUCCGCCUAUGUACUUUUGGCUGCGUCUUAAAAUUUAGUUUUCCUUUUCGAUGAAUUUUGCACGCUGGAAUGUGUCAUACUGAGUAUCUUGAUCUGAGGUGAUGAGAUAGCUCUGGUUAGCGUAUGAUAUCCGUACCUAGGUAGCAGCCAGUGGCCAAUACAAGC